UUUGUGUUUUUGGUGAAGAUGGAUAUUUAACAAAAUUGGGUUGUUGAUUAGGUUAUGGGUUUUUUUUCUCAGGAUCCAUAGAGCUUUGAGCUGUUGAGCAGCAGAGAAGUCUAUUUCGUGUUUGGGGGUUUCGAAAAGAGUAACGAGAUUCUUGGGUUUCUUCAGUUCCUGGGGUUUCUCUAGAUUGCUCUAAUUAAGGAAAACAUGGAACCCAACAAGGAAGAUAAUGUCUCAUUGACAUCUACAGCUCAAAUUCUACAAGAUGCCUCCUCUCAGCCAGGUUUCUCUGCCAUACCACCUGUGGUUCCUCCUUCCUUUCCCCCACCAAUGGCUCCAAUACCAAUGAUGCCACAUCCUCCAGUUGCCCGCCCACCUACUUUUAGGCCACCUGUUUCGCAAAAUGGUGGAGCGAAAACCAGUGAAUCGGAUUCGGAUUCAGACGGUGAACAUUUUGAGAUAUCUGAAGAGAGUAGGCAGGUUAGAGAAAGACAGGAAAAGGCAAUGCAAGAGUUGUUGAUAAAGCGUCGUGGUGCUGCUGUCGCAGUUCCAACAAAUGACAAUGCUGUUAGGGAUCGCCUUAGACGUCUUGGGGAACCCAUUACUCUAUUUGGAGAACAGGAAAUGGAGAGAAGAUCUAGGCUGGCUGGGCUUAUGGGUAAGCUUGAUUUCGAGGGGCAAUUGGAUAAAUUGCUUAAAGCUCACGAAGAAGAUGCGGCUCCAAAAGAGGAUGUGGAUGAUGAAGUACCUGAAUACCCUUUUUUUACUGAGGGUCCAAAGGAACUUAGAGAGGCUAGAAUAGAAAUUGCCAAGUUUUCUGUCAAGAGAGCUGCUGUCAGGAUUCAGCGUGCAAAGCGGCGAAGGGAUGAUCCAGAUGAAGAUAUGGAUGCAGAGACUAAGUGGGCUUUAAAGCACGCUAAAGACAUGGUUCUUGAUUGCAGUAAUUUUGGUGAUGAUCGUCCACUUACCGGCUGCUCCUUCUCACGUGAUGGGAAAAUACUUGCCACAUGUUCUCUAAGUGGAGUUACUAAAUUGUGGGAGAUGCCUCAAGUUACAAACAAGAUUGCUGUCUUGAAGGAUCACAAAGAACGUGCAACUGAUGUAGUGUUCUCCCCUGUGGACGAUUGUCUAGCAACUGCUUCUGCUGAUCGAACUGCGAAGCUAUGGAAAACUGAUGGAACGCUUCUACAAACUUUUGAAGGCCAUUUGGAUCGUCUUGCACGUGUUGCCUUCCACCCGUCAGGGAGAUACCUGGGAACAACCAGCUUUGACAAAACAUGGAGAUUGUGGGAUAUAAACACGGGUGCAGAGCUGCUUUUGCAAGAAGGUCACAGUCGCAGUGUCUAUGGAAUUGCUUUUCAACAAGAUGGAGCUUUAGCAGCUUCUUGUGGGCUUGAUUCACUCGCUCGGGUUUGGGAUCUCCGCACUGGUAGGAGUAUUCUUGUCUUCCAAGGACACAUCAGACCUGUUCUCUCAGUGAAUUUCUCUCCUAAUGGCUAUCACUUGGCAUCUGGUGGUGAGGAUAAUCAAUGCCGUAUUUGGGAUCUAAGAAUGAGGAAGUCAUUGUACAUCAUCCCAGCUCAUGCUAACCUCGUGUCUCAAGUGAAAUACGAACCACAAGAAGGCUACUUCCUGGCCACUGCGUCAUAUGACAUGAAAGUCAAUAUAUGGUCAGGAAGAGAUUUCUCGCUGGUUAAAAGCUUAGCAGGGCAUGAGUCAAAAGUCGCCUCUCUCGAUAUCACUGCAGAUAGCUCGUGUAUCGCAACUGUAUCACAUGACCGCACCAUCAAGCUUUGGACAAGCAGUGAAAAUGGUGAAGAUGAAGACGAAGGGAAAGAAACAAUGGACGUAGAUCUUUAGUUUCACUUUUCAUAUUUGUGCCGGGACAUAACAAAUUGUACUCCAGGUUCAGCGAUUAGCCUUUUAGAAAUCAUUAAAUCAGUACUUAUAUCUUGUCGAGAGCUAUACAAUAUCAUGUUGUCUUUGAAACUUUGCCAUUGCGUUUAACAAAAGGAAAUGACUCAAACUUUGUAUACAUGAGAUUUUUCAAAAUAUGUUUACCAAAAA